AUGGCACAACAGCAGUAUCCUCACCUGGGAGGUCUAGAGAACUUGAUGACAUUCAACAUGGCGGCAGAAGAGUUUAGUUUUUAUGCUUGUGACCACGAUUCUGAUUCCUCAAAGAUUGACUUGUUGAUUGCAAUAAUUUCCAAGGCUGAUAAUCCGGGUGUCACACGAGCACACGCUACUUUUCUUGUAGGCGAAAUUCUUGUCAGACAGACAGUUAACGUUUCGGAACUAGACCUGAGAGCUGUACAACACUACCCCGGAUCUGCCUUGGAGUCAAAACUACUACAACUCUGGACACUGUCAAUCCAGUUACCGUUGCAAACAAGUAGUUGCGGAAUCCCGAAUAUAAAUGCGAAGCCAACGAUGAAACGACUUAUUCGAUUCAAACCGAGGCUGUACCAGGUUAGUAAUUGGUGGAGAAAGCAGGCAACGCUGUCGCCUGAAUUGAAGUAUUAUGUGCGGAGACUAGUGAACCACUACGACAAUGCAGAGGAAAGUCUAGCUGACAAGAAGGUAGAUUACUAGUAAAUUAUGCGCAAACAGAGCCAAUGUUUAAUUAAUUAAUGUAGUCAAUUUAGUUAAUAUGGUAAAUAUUUAUAUAUGUCACGUA